UUGCUGGGAGCAGACGCCUGGAAGGUGUUCCUCAGCUACUGAUUUUGCUGAGUGGCGGAAGGUCCUACGAUAAUGUCGAUUCGCCAGCGUCUGCACUGAAAGAGCUUGGAGUUUUGACCUUUGCAAUUGGGACAAGAGGCUCUGACAGUAGAGAGUUGCGGAAGAUAUCCCAUGAUCCUAGUCAUGCUCUUUCAGUGUCAGAAUUCACUGACCUUCCCAGUGUCCAAGAGCAGCUUCUUACUUCCGUGGACACGGUAGUGGUCCGUAUGACAACUGAAGCUCCUACCGUUAUAGUCGAUGACGAGGCCAGAAAGGAUGUUGUGUUCCUAUUGGAUGGCUCUGAUGGCACUAGAAAUGGAUUCCCAGCAAUGCGAGACUUUGUUCAAAGGGUAGUGGAGAAACUGAAUGUGGAGGAGAACAAAGACAGAGUUUCUGUGGUCCAGUACAGCAGAGAUCCAGAGGCUCAUUUCUAUCUGAACACACACUCAACAAAGGGCGAUGUCACCGAUAGCAUAAGAAACCUCAGACACAAAGGAGGAAGGCCCCUCAACACUGGGGCAGCUCUCCAGUUUGUUAAGGACAAUGUCUUUACCGCAUCUGCUGGGAGCAGACGCCUGGAAGGUGUUCCUCAGCUACUGAUUUUGCUGAGUGGCGGAAGGUCCUACGAUAAUGUCGAUUCGCCAGCGUCUGCACUGAAAGAGCUUGGAGUUUUGACCUUUGCAAUUGGGACAAGAGGCUCUGACAGUAGAGAGUUGCGGAAGAUAUCCCAUGAUCCUAGUCAUGCUCUUUCAGUGUCAGAAUUCACUGACCUUCCCAGUGUCCAAGAGCAGCUUCUUACUUCCGUGGACACGGUAGUGGUCCGUAUGACAACUGAAGCUCCUACCGUUAUAGUCGGUGACGAGGCCAGAAAGGAUGUUGUGUUCCUAUUGGAUGGCUCUGAUGGCACUAAAGGAAAUGGAGAUUCACAGGACAGACAGAGUUUCUGUGGUCCAGUACAGCAGAGAUCCAGAGGCUCAUUUCUAUCUGAACACACACUCCACAAAGGGCGAUGUCACCAAUAGCAUAAGAAACCUCAGACACAAAGGAGGAAGGCCCCUCAAAACUGGGGCAGCUCUCCAGUUUGUUAAGGACAAUGUGUUUACCGCUUCUGCUGGGAGCAGACGCCUGGAAGGUGUUCCUCAGCUACUGAUCCUGCUGAGUGGCGGA